AGUAAACUAAGGGAAAUGUUACUAAGAAAAUCAUAAGGAAUAGAAAAUACACUUACAGUACUGUACUGUAAAAAUCCACAUUUAAGUGGAUCUGUGUGGCUCAAAACUGUGCCAUUCAAGAGCCAACUUUAUAGUGUUUUUUUUUUUUCUUGGUCAAUCUCCUAAGAAUAAAAGGCAUUAAUUUCUGUAAAAGAACCAUCAGAUUUUAUAGAACUUAAUAAAGGUAGGUAGAAGAAAUAUCGGUUUUAUCACUACUGUUUUAAUAUAUUUUCCUGAUAAGUUUGAACAUACCUGUACACCAUGCAGCUAAAACUUUUUAUAGUGAAUUCUAGAGGUGACGUGAAAUUGUGGCUGCAUGGACCAUAUACCAAGAUUCCCAUGAUCUCAUUUCAAAAAGAUCUGUACACAAGACAGAGUAUCCAUUGCCAUCAUGAUGAAGAUAGCAAAGAUGAUACUAUUUUUUGUUUAUACUCAGGAUGGUCCCUGUGUUCAAAUAAAGAAAGAUUUCUUGGUGUCAGAGAAGGAAAGCCUUCCGAACGUGAGCAUUUUUGCUUAGCAUUUCUGUAAGCAGAUCACGAGUGGAAAAGCGAGGAUUUGGGCUUAGGCAGACAACGGUUCCAAGCCACCUAGCUGGCUAUGCCAGUGCGGAGCCAUAUGGUCCCUUCCAGACUUUCUGUGAGUUGUGCCUAGUUUGUAUGGCGACUUAGAGGUAGGAAGAGGAAGCCAGCUCGGAGUCUAAGAACACGCAUGCUGCAUUGUGGCUUCUUGAGUCAAAUGCCGUGUGUUCUCAGACUUCAGAAAGAACUUCCUGAACCCGAGACCAAGCAAUAAUAGCUCUGUCAGAUACUACCUAGGAACAGAGGUGUAAAUGAAAGAAUUCUGCACAGCAAAAUAAGGAAUCAAAGUAACAAAUAUCGUCUCUCCAUGGGGCCGGAAUACCAGGACUAGUGGGCGAUAUGUAUUUUCAGCUUCAGGGCUGAGAUGGCCAACCUUGUUUCAAGACAGAGGACCCAUAAGACACAUGCACCCAAGCUAAGAUUCUCAGCUUCCUAUAAUGUAAGCGUACGUUACUUACACAGCCUUCCUGAAACUCAAUAUAAUAGAGAGUAUGUCAAUCUGAACUGCCUGAGGUACAUCGUUAAAUACUUAAUAAGUGUCAGAUUUCCCACCCUUGAGAACUGAAACAAUUACAAGUGUCCUAAUUUCUUACAUUUAGCACCGUACCUGUCUUUUACUUUAAAAUAUUUAUGUGCGUUAACUAUCGAAUGGAAUCAAAGAGACUAAUCCUUUUACCUGAUCUUUCUGGCCAACACAUGCUUCACUUGUGUUGUGACUCAACACCCCCAGCGGGGUGAGCAACAGGGUUGUGAAGAACAACGGUACCAAGGGACACAACUAUGGAUCUUCAACGAAGAGAUCCAGCCAUCUACCUGGGCCAGUCGGGGCCAAUGCCUCUCCCUCAGGAGGCACAGAGCAACCUGCAGAAUUUCCUAAAGGGGGAGCCAGUUAUUCUUGGGGUGAGCCAGAUCAUGAUUGGCCUAAUGAAUAUUUGCCUGUGGAUCAUGGUAAAGGUCUUUCUUUCAUUCCACAAACUACAUCUAUUCCUAGAGAACACGGUAUAUACCUUCAUUUUCCUUUUGGGACCAAUCUUUUUAAUUAUAUCUGGAACUAUGUCUAUUGCAUCUGGAAAGAAAACAACAAAAAAAAUGAUCUGUAGCAGCCUUGGGACGAACACGCUGGCUGCCAUAUUGGCUGGAGUGUCGCUAAUAAUCCUUGCAAUCAGAACGGAAGUCUCCAGUCACUACUUAUCAGAAACAGUUUUAGCUCGUUAUUUCUUAAUUGGGAUUAUGAUUAUGAAACUGAUCCUCAUAAUCCUGGGACUCAUCGUCUCGGUGUUGCUGUCUGCAUUUGGAUGCAGUGCUGUCUGCUGUGAUGUGACCUCAGUGGUUGUCGACUUAUCCUCCAAUGACUGUGGAGUUGCCGUAGCCUCUCUUUAUCAUUAUUAUGAUGACGUGGCUUUCCAACAUGCUUAGUUGUUGGAGAUACCAACUUUUGAACCAUUCCUGGACUUCCUCUAAUUGUAUCAUUAAAAGUAAAUCAGUAAUCAGGUAGUAAAUAGAGUCUUAAGUGUCUGGGGGGGGGGGAUCCAAGGUCAUCGAUUUGCUGAUGUUGACUCUGCUGGGGCCCCCUACUCUAUCCUCAAUUAUGAUUCCAUUUGGACAUGAUCAAUGAAGUAUGUGAUCCCUCCGCAUCGGCACUGGCAUCGUCUCAUACCGUUGGCGGUAGGAAGAAAAGGAACACACCAGAAAGGUUGUAGGUAUUUAGGGAUUCUGGUCUGGCCUUGGGGGAUGUGUGCCAGAACAUCUGAUCCCCACAAUUUCUGAGAAGCCCUUCACUUUGGACUAUAAUGCUAAUGCUAUACUGGGAGCCGUGCACUAGGCCAGCUAGGUAGAUCAUGUGCUUCCUGACACUUUCCCUAAAAUGCACAAUUUUCUAUGACAUAAAUGAAUUAAAAUAAACCCUGCUUUUAUCCUUUAACCUUGAAGUAGCCAUAAUUUUCCUUUAUUUUCCAUUUUGGUGUUCUCUGUCCCAUUCCGAUUAUACAUCAUGAAGUCAGUGAUGGCCUUUUCAAUUCAGGGUCCUGUAAAAGCAACCCAAUGAGUAAAGUGUGACAGAUGUUGGAAAAUAGGGAAAUACACACACUUUCUGCACACACGUUCUGCCUUUUCUGUGAUUGAGCCCCUGCAGGUCCUUAUUCUCCUUUGCGUCGUGGAUCCUGACUCAGCCUGAAGUAACCCACACACUGUGUGGCAAGGGAAUAGUGAUCAUCACAUUUCGACUUUUUGGAAAGGCCUGGAACACUAUCAGUUUGUAAUCUAUAGUCAAAAGACACAUGUGACCUCUCUUAAUAUAUGGCUAAUCACAAUUUAAGGAAGUGCUAGCAGAUGGCUUAAUGCAAUUCUGCCUGUACCGCCUAUAAUAAGAUCAGAAAGUGGCAACUCACUGUGUGAUUCUGGCUUAGCUGUCGCCACAGUCUGAUAGCAUUUCGUCAACUACAAUAUAUUACUGGCACUUAACACUGUCUUAAACACUAGACUAAGUCUAUGGAAACAAACAAAAAAAUGUAGAAAAAACAUCCAAAGCAAACCUUAUCUCUUCUUUUAAUGCUUUUUCACAGAAAGGAAAGUCUGCUAUACUCAUUUACUAGUUCUAGAUUUUUUAAAAGAUUCUGUAGGAUUUUCUACAUAAACAACGAUGUCUUCAAUAGGGACAUUUAUAUUUCUUACUUUCCGAACUUUAGGUCUUUCUUUUCUUGCCAUAUGACCCUGGCUAUGACUUCCAGUAGAUGUUGAACAGGAGUGGUGAGCACAUAUACGCUAGUAUUGGGGAAUAAGUAGUCAGUAUCUCACUGCUGGGUAUGUUGUAACUGUAGGUUUUUGUAUAUGACUUUUUCCGGAUAAUGGGAAUCCACAUCUUUUCCUAGUUUUUUGAGAGUUUUUUCUUUAUCAUGAAUAAAUAAAUUUCGUCAGACACAUUUCCUGUAUAUUGAGAAGAUCAUGUGGGUUUUUGUACGUAUUCUGUCAACAUGAUGAAUUGUACGCAUUGGUUUUUUUGUUAAACCACUGUUGCCUUCCUGAAAUAAACUCUGUUGGCUGUGGUGUGGUAUCUUUUGAUAUACUUUUGGAUUUGAUGUGAUAACAUUUUGCUGUGGAUUUCUGGACCUAUGUUGAGAGUUAUUGCCACAUAGUUCUUAUAUCUUUGUCUUGUUAUGGUAUUGGAGCCAUGUUGACCUCGUAACAUAGAAGGGAUUACGUCCAACUUUUUUUCCCUUAAAUAUUUGGUAGAAUUAGUGAUAUAUGAUGGAGUUGGUUUUGUUGUUGUUGUUGCAAUGGUUUUUGUCUAUACACUCAAUUGUUUAAUAGAUAUUAAACUAAGGAGAUCAUCUA